AUGGGCCGCGGCAGCGCGCAAGGCGCUCCUGUCGACGAGCGUCUGCGCUUGAAGAGAAGAACCGACGGUAUCACUGCCCUCGGUCGGGCAUUGAAAUGGCAGCGCGCGCUGCAGCUCGUCCUGGAAGAAACCGCGCCGGACAUCUUCGUUUUCAAUGCGGGAGUGGCCACGCUGGGCCGGGCUUCGCACGGCGCGCAGGCUGCCUGGCUGCUAGACGAAGCCUCUGCCCGGUCUUUACAACUGGACGUCGUGUCUUUCAACACGGCGAGUGCUGCUGUGUUGAGGACCAGGAGCUGGAGGUCAGCUUUGGCUUUCCAGUUUCGGCGCCGGCUGCUGGGGGCUCCCGCCGAUGUGGUCUCUGCCAACAUGGCUAUCGCCGCCUGGGGCGAGGUGGGGCGGUGGUCAACCGCUUUGCAUGCCUUCGUCGGCACCGGCCGAGGCAUUUCUCCAUCUAUCAUCAGCGUUACCUCCUUCGUGGAUGCCUGCAAAGCCGGGCAGGAAUGGCGACGAUGCCUGGAUUUCGUCGCGCUUGCAAGAACGCAAGUGGACCUCGCCUUAAAUAUAUUCUUGGUCAACGUCCUCGUGACGGCCCUCGGCACGGUUUCGCGCUGGACUUCGGCCCUGAGCUGUGCCAGUUCAUUUGGCCGCGGUCUGAGAAGAGACAUCAUCUCCCAGAAUGCCCAGCUCUCUGCUAUGGAGGCCGACGGUGGGAGGGGAGCGAUGGAUGUUGGAAGAACGGGGCAUAGCUCACUUGCGAAGCUGAAGUGGGAGUUCAGCAAUACUGCAGCAAUGAACCAGGUGCUGUGUUAG